UCCCCGCUCUGCAAAGCAAGAAGAUGCCCAAAUCCUCACCGUGCGUAUUCCCGUGGUCCUCCCUGUGGCUGGCAUCUGUGAUUACUUUGGUGGUGCAGUCUGUGCUCUCUUCCUCCUAUUCUUCUUCUUCCUCCUCUGCGUACCAGAGACCUGCAGCCGGUGGGAAGCGGCUGGGCUUUAUGGAGAGGACGCUGGUUCUUCUGGAUGUCAACACGCGCAGUCCGAUCAGAGUUCUCAACGACAACUUCCUUUCUUUGCAGCUGGACCCCUCGAUUAUCAAAGACGGCUGGCUGGACUUUCUGAGCUCCAAGCGCCUCGUGACCCUGGCGCGCGGCCUCUCGCCCGCCUUUCUGCGCUUCAGUGGAAAACGAACCGACUUCCUGCAGUUCAAUAACCAGAAGAACCCUACCAAGUUCCGAGGGCCCGGACCGGACUACUACCUGAAGAACUACGAAGACGAUAUUGUGCGCAGCGACAUUGCACUGGACAAGCAGAACGGCUGCAAACUGGCCAACCACCCCGACAUCAUGCUGGAGCUGCAGAGGGAGAAAGCCGCCACCACGCAGCUCGUCCUGCUGAAGGAGCAGAUGUCCAACAUCUACAGCAACAUCACAAUAACAGCCAGGUCUUUAGACAAACUGUACAACUUUGCCGAUUGUGCUGGCCUGCACCUGAUUCUGGGGCUCAACGCGCUGCACAGAAACCCGGACAACUCGUGGAACACCUCCUCCACCCUCAGCCUCCUCAAGUAUGGCGCCGGCAAGAAGUACAACAUCUCCUGGGAGCUUGGCAACGAGCCGAACGCGUAUCGCAGCAUGGUGGGCCGUGCGGUCAACAGCACCCAGUUGGCCCAGGACUACACCAAACUGCGGACGCUGCUGCAGUCGGUGCGCUACUACCACCGCGCUCAACUCUUUGGCCCCAACGCAGGACGACCCCGGAAGAACGCCAUCCUGCUGCUGGAUGGGUUUAUGAAGACUGCUGGCUCCGUGGUAGACGCAGUUACGUGGCAACAUUAUUACAUGGAUGGCAGAGUGAACAAGGCGGAGGACUUCCUGAAAACUCGCCUAUUGGACACGCUGACAGAGCAGCUCACUAAAGUCACCAAAGUUGUGAACACACACACUCCUGGUAAGAAGGUGUGGCUCGGCGGACUCGGCCCAGCGUGGUCCGGAGGCAUCAACAACCUCUCAGACACAUACGGCGCCAGCUUCCUGUGGGUGAACACACUGGGCAUGGCUGCCCUGCAGGGGAUUGAUGUUGUCUUGCGUCACUCGUUCUUCGACUAUGGAUACACGCACCUCGUGGACCAGCAUUUUAACCCUUUACCAGAUUACUGGUUCUCUCUGGUCUUCAAGCGUCUGGUUGGUCCCAGGGUCUUAGCUGUGCGGGUGGCUGGACUGCAGAGGAAGCCUCAGCCGGGACGAGUCAUACGAGACAAACUGCGGAUCUACGCUCACUGCACCAGCUACUACAAUCACAACUACGUGAGGGGAUCGAUAACCAUCUACAUCAUCAAUCUCCAUCGCUCGCGGAAAAAAAUCAAGCUGGCGGGGACGUUACGCAACAAAACGGUCCACCAGUACCUGCUGCAGCCCUACGGCACGGACGGACUCAGAGCCAAACACGUCCAGCUGAACGGGGAGAAGCUGCUCAUGGUGGACAACGAGACCUUCCCGGAGCUGAAGCCCAAGACUCUGAGAGCCGGGCGGACGAUAGCCAUGCCUCCCAUGACCAUUGGCUUUUAUGUCAUCAAAAACAUCAACGCAUACGCCUGUCGAAGAUAACACUGGCUUUUUGUCGCGUGAGAUAAAGGCCAAUAGUCUCCAGUAAAAGAGAAAAAAAAAGGGAGAAAUCUGCAAUACCUGGAAA